CUCAGGUAGCUUAGGGUGAAGAAAACCUGGUUAAAACUGAGAGAUUUGUGUAUUUGUUUUUGCGGCAACUAAGUAUAAACCGACCUUCAUUUUGAUUGCUGAUUCUCAAAUGCUCGGGAAUAAGAUUAGUUGAGAGGGAUGAGAUAACUGCCAUGCAGAUCUAUUAUCGGCGGUCUGCAUUGCACAAUCAGAACCAGUUAUCAUCCAUUUGUAUCUUUUACCGUAAUUGUCAUUAGUGCCCUUUCUUUGAGAGGCGUUAUCAGCUUUACUGAUAUCCCUUUCAGUUAAGUUGGUAUCGUCGACCCAUCAUGCCCUACUAUAUACAGAGGCUUUACAGAACUUGUAAAGCGGCAUUCUCGCCCAAUGGGCCUGAAUCAGAAGAAGCUGUGGAGAAGGUUCGAGCCAUGCUAGAGAAAAUCAAGCCUUCUGAUGUUGGUCUUGAGCAGGAGGCACAAUUGGUACGUAACUGGUCACUACAUAUGAAUGAACGAAAUGGAAGCCACCAGACACUCCCACCAAUUAAAUACCUGCAUUUGCAUGAGUGUGACAGCUUCUCUAUAGGAAUUUUCUGCAUGCCACCUUCUUCUAUUAUACCUCUUCAUAACCAUCCAGGAAUGACUGUGUUGAGCAAGCUUAUUUAUGGUUCAUUACAUGUGAGGUCAUAUGAUUGGCUUGAUUUACCUGAGCGAGAAGAUCCACUACGAGCGAGACCUGCAAAGCUGGUUAGGGAUUCUGAGAUGACAGCUCCAUGUGCAGCUACUGUCCUUUAUCCCACAAGUGGUGGUAACAUUCAUUGUUUCAGAGCUCUGACUCCCUGUGCUAUUUUUGACAUUUUGUCCCCACCUUAUUCAUCGGAGCAUGGACGACAUUGCACCUACUUUCGAAGGUCUCCAAGAAGGGAUCUUCCUGGUGAUGUGGAAGUGAAUGAUGUGAUGGUCUCUGAAGUUACUUGGUUGGAAGAGUUUCAACCUCCUGAUAAUUUUGUGAUAAGAAGAGGGCUGUACAGGGGUCCAGUUAUUAGGACAUGAGAAUUCUUGUUUUGGUGUAGCGUGCAGUCCAAUAAAAUGGGGGGAAUCUUCAUAUGAUGGAACUCCGAGGGUAAUUGUGGUCAUGGGAUUGUGAAUAGCCUUGACCAUACUUAAAUUAGGCAUUUGGGUUGUACAUAUUAUUACACACGAGUAGUCAUUUAUUCACUGACCUCACAGUUUCUUAGUGAGAUAGUGACUGAAGAAUGAGCUGAAUGCAUCUUGUUCAAUUUUGUUUGUUCAACAACAAUAAACAGAACAGUCGGUAUCCUAUUCUCCCCUCCUGCCUCGGUAACUAUCUUUUCUGCCCUCUGCAUAUUACUGUGGAGCCCUUGAUUUUAGUUGCUUGUGUUUGUUGAAUAAAACGGAAAAGGAUAUAUGGGAUUAAAUCGGAAAA